AGCCAUCCACAGCCGGUCGACGUCGCUGGAGCAAAUCUCGCGCCGAUUUUAGGGACCCCAAGCUCCACCAGGUGAGCCCUAUGGAUGCUCUCCUCCGCGAUGAUGGACGACGCAGGGUCAGAAACACCGACAAAUCCACCCCAAUUGCCACCACCACAACCAUCGCCAGAACUUGGAGCCUUACCUAGAACUCCCCUGAACGAGCACGGAUUGAGCUUGGAUCGCGACCUAGAGGCCGAGAUUAAAAAUGGUGGUACACAUAAUCAAGGGCAGUUGCCCGGGGACUCUGAAGAGCCCAGGGUGCAAGAGGGCCCUGGCCAGGAAGGCCUGAAGGACGGGCAAGCAUGGGAUCAAAUAAUGGUCGAUGCUGUACCUACCACUGACGCAAUUGCGACCGCCGCCAUCGUCACUGAACAAGCUCAGAACGAGCCGGCGCACGCUGCCAUUGUUGUCGACCCAGAAAUCUCGACCCCUGAGGCGCAGAAUCAUGGUAGCAGCAUUGGCCAAUCCUCAAUUCAAAGGCAACCGCGUCAAAGCCAGACCAGCGUGGCUCCUGACAGUAAUUCCGUCCCAGCGAUUACCGCACCGCAGUAUACUUUGCUAGAGAGUCGCCAGGCGGCUGCUCCUCAGCAUCUUGGUCAACCAUCCCCUAUUCCACCGCCUUCACCAAAUUAUGGGCUUCCAGCGCAUCCAGAAUUCAUCCAGCCACGUAGUAACCACGGCCACCCGAUGUCACUUCCUCCGUGCCCUCCAUCGGGCGCGCCGCAGAUCCAACAUAACUUGCCGUCGCAAACACCUUCACAACAGCAACAGCCGACUCUUCAAAACCUAAUAUGCCACUUUCCCAGUCCUAUCCAAUCGAGCCCUGCAGCACCGGGGUUAAGCAAUGACGGUACAAGUCAUUUUAAGAAUAUGAAACUCAUUCCUGAGCCGCCAGAUCUACAGCGUUGGAGAGAAAGACUGUUCAAUGUUGAGGGUACUAUCGUCCUGAGUGAGGAGGAAUUUCAGACCUAUUUUCCACAUGUCGACAACGUCUACUCCCACCGCUCUACUCAGCGCUACAAACGCAAACCUUUUAUAUCCCAUUACUGGGACUGUCGACUGAAAGGUCGCCCACCGGGAACCCCCAAAUCUGCCGACCCAAACAAAAAGAAGCGCAAACGUAUCGCGCGCGAGAGGAAUCUAUGCGACGUUAAAAUAAAAAUCACAGAGUACUUCCCGGGAGCUUUGACCAUGGCCCCGGAUCUGGACAUGGGGAUCUCGGCGCUCGCCGGCGCUGUUGACUCAUUACCUGCCACGUCCGGAGUCAAUGCGCCGACGGCUUCCCAACCGUUUGGCGUGUUAGCACCGAGUACGAUGCUACCCGAGGGCCAUCCGGGCGCGACAGGAGCGAGAUAUUACACAAUUCAACGAGUAAAUGGGAACGGGGCCAAUGGCAGGUCCGUCACGGCCGGUGGAUCGCAUAGACAUACUCUGGAAGAAAGUGAUCGGAUCAAGAAGAACAGUGUGCAGCGGUUUCUGAUAAAGGACGAGAAGGAAAAGAAAAAGGCCAUCUCUUAUUUCUCUUCUCCUGGUCUGGAGUACAAGACAAUGCGAAAUAAAUUACUCCUAAGAUUUCUACACUACUCCAGAAUCGCAAUGACUGACCAAAAACAGAGCCAACAGCUCAAAACGUACCACAAAAAGGCGUCCGGCUACGCUUGGCUAACGGUGAACAAACAUAAACGAGAGAGCGAUCUCAAGCUUUACGCCAGUUGCUUUUGCCCUUUCGUCCAGCGGGUUUGGAUUGCACUUGAAGUUAAGGGAAUACCGUACCAAUACAUCGAAGUUGACCCCUAUAGAAAGCCGGAUUCGCUGUUGGAGGUCAAUCCGCGGGGGUUAGUUCCGGCUAUACGUCACGGCAACUGGGCUUGUCACGAAAGUACCGUUUUGUUGGAAUAUCUCGACGAUCUCGAUGCCGGGAAUCCUCUCUUGCCUCCCGGAAAACCACAACUUCGGGCGCAUUGCCGAUUGUGGGCAGACCAUGUAAACCGGCAUAUCAUACCCUGUUUCUAUCGUCUUCUCCAAGAGCAAGAUUUCCAGAAACAGAUCGAGUAUACGGAAGAGUUAAAGGACGAUAUUAGCAAACUCGUCAACGCGUCCCAUGUAACGGGACCGUUCUUCCUUGGGCCAGACAUCUCCUUUGUCGACAUUCAAUUUGCGCCCUGGAUGCUUAGGCUGAGUCGCGUAUUAAAGCCAUAUCGUGGGUGGCCAGAUCCAGAGAAAGGCAGUCGCUGGGCUGCGUGGGUGGAUGCCAUAGAAGCCAAUGACCAGAUCAUGGCCACAACGAGUUCAGAUGAACUAUACUUGGAUAGCUAUCAGAGAUACGCCGAAAAUCGACCCGACACAUCGAUGCUGGCGAACGCCAUUAAUUCCGGAAGACCUCUGCCGUAA